CCGCCGUCGCUGAGCGGAGCGCCAGGCGCAGACUAGAAGAUGAAUAAUCUUUCCUUUAGUGAGCUGUGUUGCCUGUUCUGUUGUCCACCAUGCCCAGGGAAAAUUGCCUCCAAACUGGCAUUCUUACCUCCUGAUCCCACGUACACACUGAUGUGUGAUGAGAGUGGUAGUCGCUGGACUUUACAUCUCUCCGAGCGAGCAGACUGGCAAUACUCUUCUAGAGAAAAAGAGGCCAUUGAGUGCUUCAUGACUAGAACGAGUAAAGGUAAUAGGAUUGCCUGUAUGUUUGUGCGUUGUUCGCCUAACGCCAAGUAUACUUUGCUCUUCUCGCAUGGAAAUGCUGUUGACCUAGGACAGAUGAGCAGCUUUUACAUAGGACUGGGUUCACGGAUUAAUUGCAAUAUAUUCUCAUAUGAUUAUUCUGGAUAUGGUGCAAGUUCUGGGAAACCAACAGAGAAGAAUCUGUAUGCUGACAUUGAUGCUGCUUGGGUGGCUCUUAGGACAAGGUAUGGAAUCCGCCCUGAAAAUGUGAUUAUAUAUGGCCAGAGUAUAGGAACAGUACCAUCUGUGGAUCUUGCUGCUAGGUAUGAAAGUGCUGCUGUAAUUCUUCACUCGCCACUGACCUCAGGAAUGAGAGUAGCUUUUCCUAAUACAAAGAAGACCUAUUGCUUUGAUGCAUUCCCAAACAUUGACAAGAUUUCUAAAAUAACAUCACCUGUAUUAAUAAUCCAUGGGACUGAAGAUGAAGUAAUUGACUUUUCACAUGGUCUAGCACUAUUUGAGCGUUGCCAGAGACCCGUAGAACCACUGUGGGUAGAAGGAGCAGGCCAUAAUGAUGUGGAACUCUACGGACAGUAUCUUGAAAGAUUAAAACAGUUUGUGUCACAGGAAUUGGUAAACUUGUAAUUUUCUUUGUAUAUUUAUAUGAUUUUUCAUUUCACUGCAGAACUGUAUGCCUUGGUAAAUCGUAACAUAAAACCUGAAGGUUGUGUUUUCAAAUGAUCUUAGUUGCCUUCAUUAAAUGUACAGGUAAUGAUUUGUCAACAUAAUUAAUGAAGGUUUUAGUGCCAGUAUUAUAAACUGGAAUUACAUGAUCAUGCAGUCAAGUUUGGCAGUUCAUAUUACUUUAUGUGACGUUUUUUCUUCUUAGAUGUAAAAAGCAAAAAUAAAUCACAAAAAGUACUGUAUGGAUUUAAUUAUAUAAAAUCAAAUGCUGUAAAAGUGUUGCCAAAUGCUUUAGCAUAUCAAACCAAGUUUGUAAAUGUUUUUUUAAACAUCUCAAAAUGUACUGUGACUUCCUCUGUUGCAUAGGAGUAAAUUAAGAAAACAGACUUCUAAGCAGAUGUUCCGUAAAAAUGUAAUAGCCAUGAAAUUUGAGCAAAUAUGUAACAAGAAUAAAGAGUCACUGGAAAUGACCCAUGCCCUGUUAUAGGGGAAGGGAGUCAAAGUAGAUCUUUUCCCAUAUUUUUCAUAUCUUCUGUGUUUAGUUUUACUUCAGUUGUUUUGUUCUUGUGUUAUUGUUUUUACUUUUCAGGUUAAGCCAGUUUACCAACUCAUCUUCUCAGCAGUCCUAAUCUUGCCAAAAUAAUUCUACAAGUUAGCAUUAUUGUAGCAUAAAUAUCAUUCACAUGAUUGCUACUGAGGACACUUAAGUACUUCUUCAAAACCAGUAAGAUUUUUCAGAACCUAGAAGGCUUUGUGGACAAUGUAGUUUUAAACAUUGAUGCAAGUUCAUGGUUAAUCUGACCAGUCUUACUUUUGGAUGUUUAGUCUAAAGUCUUACUGUGUUUUGAGUAUUGUAUGGGGAUAUUACUAAUUGCACCUGAAUUGAUAGGGGGAGGGGCAAGAAGAGAAUGACUUUUCGUAUUAAUUCAAUUAGCAAAAAUAAACUUUGUAAGUUGCCUUUCCCUUGAAUGCAUUUUCUGUGAAUGGAAUUAUGAAAAAUAAACUUUAAU